AUGGAAGGCGCUGAGUGUAUCUAAUAUCAGGAGCACAUCCAGAAGCCUUUAAGGAGGGGGAUGGCUCUUCAUAUUCAUGAAGCUUGCAUACUUCUGUUGGUCAUCCCUGGAUUGGUCACCUCUGCUGCUAUCAGUCAUGAAGACUAUCCUGCUGAUGAAGGUGACCAGACCUCCAGUAAUGACAAUCUGAUUUUUGAUGACUAUCGAGGGAAAGGGUGUGUGGAUGACAGCGGCUUUGUAUACAAGUUGGGAGAACGAUUCUUCCCAGGGCAUUCCAACUGUCCAUGCGUCUGUGCUCUGGAUGGACCUGUUUGCGACCAGCCAGAAUGCCCUAAAAUUCACCCAAAGUGUACUAAAGUGGAACACAAUGGAUGCUGUCCUGAGUGCAAAGAAGUGAAAAACUUUUGUGAAUAUCAUGGGAAAAAUUACAAAAUCUUGGAGGAAUUUAAGCCCUCUCCAUGUGAAUGGUGUCGCUGUGAGCCCAGCAAUGAAGUUCACUGUGUUGUAGCAGACUGCGCAGUUCCUGAGUGUGUCAACCCAGUCUAUGAACCAGAGCAAUGUUGUCCUGUCUGCAAAAAUGGUCCAAACUGCUUUGCAGGAACUACGAUAAUUCCGGCUGGCAUUGAAGUGAAAGUGGAUGAGUGUAACAUCUGUCACUGUCACAACGGGGACUGGUGGAAGCCUGCUCAGUGUUCCAAACGUGAAUGCCAAGGCAAGCAGACUGUGUAGAACAGAUUCCCAACCGAUGACGAGUUCUUAGGAGAAUAUGCUAUGGCUUCGACACUGCACACGUUUGAAACAAGACAGAACAAACAAACUCCUGCCAGCUACA